GGUUUUCACAAUUCAUUUUCGCAAUGAUUUAUGCGUUAACUUCGCGCUGAUUCAUUAUUGCGGUAGCACCACAUUGUGGUCUUAUGUUCAAGUUAUUAUAUCUAUUUAAUUAUUGUUUAUUUAUUCCCCUUUUUAUUUUAUCUAGUUUCUUUCAUCGUUCUGUAAGCUGUAUGUUUGAUUGCCUAUCUCUCCAAAUUACUCGAAUCGAAAUAAAUAAUCCUUCAAAUUCAAAUCUAAAUUGAUACGCUUCUCAAAUAAUGAGUCAUUAAAUUCUAAAUUAUUGAAAAUAAAAAUACAUAAUUUUUAUUAUAAGAGAAAAAUAUAUGAGGAUUAUAUUUAUCCACUAGAAAUUUACAAUUGAACAAUUACAUCGAUAUAAAGAUGUUUUUAAAAAUUUUCCAAAACACAAUUGAUUAUUUAUUGCACAUGUUUUUGAUCACUUUUAUUUACGGCACGUUCGAAAAACUUGUUAUCAGUGCGUUACUCGUGCGCACUUGUAAAACGAAUGAAAUUGUGAAGACUCGGCGACGAUGCAUUUUUUAUAUAUGUUCGCAUUGUCGCACGUUUCAGUCCUUUGCGAUCCGUUGAUCGAUCGAUGUUAGCAAAGAAUCAAAAGAUGUGGUCGAAGUGUUAUCAAGGUGUGAUGAUCACCGUUUUAAUUGGUUUAACCGUAACGAUAUUCUUUGUCGCCGGUGCGGACGUCGACGAUUAUUGGGCCAAGAGGGACGAAUUUAUUAAACAAGAAGAAAGCAGAAUGGUUGGUAAUAAAAUUGAGCUGAAUGAAAUUGAAAAAAUCGUCAACGGGAUUUUAAUGGAAUAUAAAUGGAAAGAAUUUGAUGAAGGAUUUGAGAAUCCGAAAUCUUUUAUACCCGCUAAUCAUAUAUUUGAGACGUUAGAUCGUAUUGAAAAAUCCGAUGUAUUUCAAUUCAUUCAAAAAUUACCUAAAGGCUCUAUGUUACACGGACAUGACACCGCGUUAGUUUCUGGGGAUUUUUUGUAUCAAUUAACUUAUAAGCCGGAUUUAUUUGCGUGUUAUGUUGGUGCGAAUAUUAAUUUAAAAUUCUUCAAAGAACCCGUUACUGAUUCAACUUGCGAUUGGAAACCGAUUGCUUCGAUGAGAGAAUCCGACCCGAAUUUCGAUGAAGAUUUAAAAUCACAACUUACGUUAAUCACGCCAGAUUUUCGCACGAAACACACGGAUAUAAACACGGUUUGGAGUCUUUUUAUGGACAUUUUUAUGUUGAUCGAUCCCUUAGUUUGUUACAAACCUGUUUUUGAAGAAUAUUUUUACCAAGUUCUUCAAGAAUUAUACAACGAUAACGUUAUGUACUUGGAAUUUAGGAGUACUUUACCCGAAGUUUAUGAUUUAGAUGGUAACAUUUACGGCUCCGUUGAAGUAGCCGGGAUUUAUAAGCAAACUUUAGACGCAUUUAUGGAGUCCCAUCCCGAUUUUAUUGGGGCUAAGCUUAUUUAUGCUCCAGUACGAAAAGUCGAUAACGACACUAUGAAUAAUUAUAUCGAUAUAGCUAACGAAUUAGCUGAGAAAUAUCCGACAUUUUUAGCCGGGUUUGAUUUGGUUGGGCAAGAAGAUUUAGGGAACCCCCUAAUCGAGUUUAUAAAUCAAUUAUUAAACAAGGAUAUGUCAUUUUAUUUUCACGCCGGGGAAACUAAUUGGUAUGGAAGUAGUACUGAUUUAAAUCUUGUUGAUGCGGUGCUUUUGGGGACGAAACGAAUCGGACAUGGUUAUGCUGUUUUGAAACACCCCGAUGUCGCCGAUAAAGUUAAACGGGACGGGAUAGCUUUAGAAAUAUCCCCCAUAUCUAAUCAAGUUUUGAUGUUGAUUAGCGAUCUAAGAAAUCACCCCGGAAAUUAUUUGAUUGCGAAUGAUUAUCCGGUUGUUAUAACCAACGAUGAUCCAAGCUUUUGGGGUGCGAAAGCUUUAAGUCACGAUUGGUACAUGGCAUUUAUGGGGAUGACGAGUAGAAACGCGGAUUUAAGAUUUUUAAAACAAAUCGCUCUUAAUUCUAUUGAGUACAGCUCGAUUUCUGAUAAAAACGCUGCUUUCGCCGAAUGGGAAAAGCGUUGGAAUCACUUCCUCACUACAAUCAUCGAAAAUAAAAUACGCACAUUCCCAAAAGUUUUUGUACAUUAAUCGAAAUAAAUAAAAAAAAUUUUUUUAUUGAA